GAGAGGGAAGGAGGGAGGGGGCGGGGUCCAGUGUGAGUGACUGCUCGGCGGCCCUAUCGCGCUCGCCCCGCCGGCCCCGCCCUCCGCGCUCGGUUACACCCGAGGCGAAGCUCCGGGGUUGCUGCGGCUGCGGCGGGAGGAGUGCGCCCGGGGCGGCUGUGGGAGCCGAGCGAGGCUGCACCAUGGGCCCGCUGCUGCGCGCCGCCCUCCUGAUGGCCUGGGGACCCUUUUUGCUGUACCACAUCCCCUACAUUAUGUUCGUCACCCUUGCUUCAAGGGCAAUGGGGACCCAUGCGACAGAGUUCUACCCACACUAUGGAACCCACUCAGGUAGUCUAGGUGUAUCCGUGGGUAUGUGCCUGAUAGGGCUUGAAGAGCCUGGCCCUGAAGGGCUCACUUCUACCUCUCUGUUGGAUCUCCUGCUGCCCAGUGGACUGGAGUCAGUAGACUCAGUUGAGCCAAGUGAGGCCAUUGGGCCAGGAGUUGGGUUGGGAGGCCCUGGUUCAGGCUUUACCAGUGAAGAGAAUGAAGAGUCUAGGAUUCUGCAGCCACCACAGUAUUUCUGGGAAGAUGAGGGAGAGCUGAAUGAUUCCACCUUGGACCUAGGACCCACUGAAGACUACACCUUUCCACUCUCACCACAGAAAGCAGCACCAGGAGAAGACAAGAGCCAGGACCAAGAAUCUCCAAGCCUCUCCUCUCCCCUGCCCACGAUGAAUCUGGUUGAGCCACCCUGGCAUAAUCCUCCUGAGGAUUUGGAUGAAGAGGAAGAGGAAGAGGAAGAAGAGGAAGAGGAGGAGGAGGAAGAAGAAGAAGAAGAAGAACAGGAAGGGGAAGAGGAGGAAGAAAGGGGACCAAAAAAGGAGCAGGAGGAGGGAAUGCUACCACUGAAUGGGUCCCAGGAGACACCCCAAUCUCAGCUCCCUAGACCCUUUUCUACCAGCACUACCCCAUCUGGCUCAGUACCAGGGGCUCCCAGAAACAGACAUGAAGAACCUGUGGACCAGGGUGUGGAAGUGGGGAGCAGCAUGGAGCCAAGCUUAUUACCACUUCCCAUCAUCCCAGCUACAGUGGCCUUGGGCAGCCAAGACUUUACCAAGCAGGAGGCAGAGGGCACUGUGGGAGUGUUAGAACAAGAUACAGGACAUGCUACAGAAUUAGAAGUCCGUGGAGGAGUAGAUGAGGAGGCUACAGUGGUAACAAAAGAAUCAAUAGUCAAGCAAGGGGACGAGCCCCCUUCAGUAUCACCUACUCAAAGAAAUGUGCCAUCUGGGGGUCCUUUCCAGACUAGUAUCUCUGCCUCUUCCACCCUGGACCUCUAUGGAAUAGAAGUCACUUCCUCUGCUGCUGCCACAGAGCAACAAGACCUUGCUCUUCAAACUGAGGAUGGGAAGGCUCCUGGGGUACCCACCAGAACAUCCUGGGACCCAGCUCAGGUUAUCUGCAAAGACUGGAGCAACCUGGCAGGAAAGAACUACAUCAUCCUGAAUAUGACAGAGAAUAUAGACUGUGAGGUGUUCCGGCAACACAGAGGGCUUCGGCUCCUGGCCCUGGUAGAAGAGGUACUGCCCCGGCAGGGGGAUGGGCGUCCUGGGGACUGGCACAUCUCCCUGAGCAAACCCAGUGAGAAUGAGCAACAUUUACUGAUGACCCUAGUGGGAGAACAGGGAGUGGUUCCAACUAAAGAUGUUCUCUCAGUUCUGGGUGACAUCCGGAGAAGCUUGGUGGAGAUUGGCAUCCAGAAUUACUCCACUACCACCAGCUGCCAGGCCCGGCCAAGCCAGGUCCGGAGUGACUAUGGGAAGCUCUUUGUUGUGCUGGUCGUCAUUGGCUCCAUCUGUGUCAUCAUCAUCGUGCUAGGGCUCAUCUACAACUGUUGGCAGCGUCGCCUGCCCAAGCUCAAGAACAUGGCCCACGGAGAAGAACUUCGCUUUGUGGAGAAUGGAUGCCAUGACAACCCCACAUUGGAUGUGGCCAGCGACAGCCAAUCAGAGAUGCAGGAGAAGCAGCCGAGCCUGAAUGGGGGCAGCACGGCCAAGCCUGGGGGCUGGACUGUGCUGAUGGGGGGCAAGAGACACCCUGAAGACUCUGAUGGAUUUGAGGAGGACACACACCUGUGAAUUGGGUGGGGGGACCAGUCCCCUCCCUCCCCUCCACCAUUACCAGGCAUACUCCUUUCUUUCCACCCCAGGACUUUGGACCAACACUCUGGAAGAAACCAGAGUGAUAUUGUUGACGGGGUGUGAGUGAAACAUGUUCAGGUCAGGUCAGGUAUGUCGGAGAGAGAAAUACUCAAAUCUGUAUUAUUCUGCUCAAAGCCCAUCACUAGGUCAUGUCUCUUUCCUCUUCCUCUAAAUCACCUUUCACCCUUCCCUCCCAGCCUGGCAUCUACCUCUUUGCUGGCCCUGAGCAUCCCAAGCAGAGAGCUGAUGAUUUGAUCUUCACCCAUCUCCAAGGUGGGGAACUCCCCUUGCUUAACUCUUGAUUCAUGAAGUGAAGAAGGGGCCCCUGAAAGAAGAUCCUUGUGGGUAAUGACAGAGUUUGUGUCUGAACCUACAAUGUAAGCACAUCACCCUGUCAGGCUUGAGCACCUGGGACAAAGAGAAAAGAGAGUCCAGGUCAACCUUCAUUUUCUGUUCCACCAGAAACCCGAAUAUGCUAUACCCCUUCCCCCACCUCCUUCCUGCACCUCAGUUUCCCACAUCUUGCUUUGGCUAACCCCAAAGCACAGACGGGGUGGGCCCAAAGCCUGGCAGGGAUUAGGACUAUGCAGCCCACUCUGCUUCUCACAGCUUUUAGCACGACAAGCCCUCAUUUCCCCUUUGCUGGUGUGGACCGGAUGGGAAAGCUAGCAAAUGAGGCUGCCCCUUCUCCUUUGGGAGCACCCCUUGUCCCCAGGUAUCCCAGAGGUCACUACUACUUCCCUUGGUCCAAGUUUAUGAACCAGCCCACAAAUCCUGCGUGGCCGCUUUGCCAAACAUGGGUUAGAGAAAAAAUGCUUCACUUCUGGACACCCUCGAUCUGUUGUGCUGUUGCCAAGCUGACUUCUUACUAUUCUUUUUUUGCCAAGCUGACUUCUUAUACGCUAUUAAUCGACCGCAAUUUGCUGAUGGGUGGUUUCUCCAAAAUCACUGCAUAUGGCCCCGGUAACAGCUGUGAUUUAUUCCAAGCUCUUCAGGGCAGGCAGAGAUCCAGGGAUCCAGGCAAGGUGCCUGAAGGUGGAAGCUGCUGUUAUUUAUUUUUGAGGGUGGGGGUGGGAGGGGGGAGGAAAGGGCAGAUGACAUCCUUUCCCUAUUCCCAGUCAGCUCUCCUCCGGGCACCGUGGAACUGAUUAAACUGACCCUGGAUUAAG